AUGGUCAAAAUUGCAGGUCUAGUUUUUUUCAUCGCCGCCGUCGUUGGCGCCAGUCGCCGUGACAGCAAUAAGACCUUUGCAAAUCUACAAGAGAUCGAUACCGCCGCCAACACCUUGACCGGCAUUUCCAACGCCUGGGACGGCAAAGCCGAGGGGGCAAACGAUGUUGUUGCUUCUGCCAACGCACUUGUUAGUCUGGUCGAGGCUGCCAACUAUGAUGCCUCAGAGCAGGCGGUCAUUUCAAGCGAAGAUUCAGCGGUCAUCGUUAGCUAUUUUCCCGACACUAUUGAACCCGACUUUCUUGGCGCUUUCAAUGCGCUGGUCGUACACAAGGCUAAUUUCGAUGCCGCUGGCGCCUCGCUGGACGUGCUUUACGCCUUGAGAGAUCUGAAAAGCAAGACGGACGCAUUUGGGACUACUUUGGGGAUCGUCAUAUCGGCGGAUCACCAGGACGACGUUCGGGCGGCCAUAUACCAGCUCGAUAAUGACUUCUCUAAGAUCAUUGAUGCUUUCUCUGAGUGA